AGUAAAGCAGCCCAUUUGAAUUGCCUUUGUCCCAGGUUAGGUGACAUAAACCUGACAGACAAUCAACUGGAACGUGAAAUAAAAGCAACAUUUUCCUAGCAGUGCUGAGCUUGCUGUGCCCUUCAGCCCCGCGCGCCGGAGGACCAUUUGCAUGGCAGGUCCAGUUAAAUGAGGAGCCCAGAUUCUCUCUACCUGGCAUGCAAACCAGCGGAGCAGCAGUUAAAGCACAGGUGUGUCCUCCUCUCUCCAGAGAUAUGGAAAUCAUCCGCUCUCAGAUUGAGUCUCUAGACAGCGAGCCGUGAAGCAGUCUGGAGAUGCCUCGCUCGUUCCUGGUCAAGAGAAAGCAGUCGGUGUGCGCCGGAUGGCAGUGGAAGGAGCCGGAGCCCUGCUUCAGCCCAAACACAGUGUGUGUUCCGGCUCCCAGCGCUGCUCUGGAGUCAGUGUCGGAGCAGUGUCGCUCUCAGGCCGUCCACACACACACACACACACCUGCUCUGGAUUAUGGGAUGGAGAGAGUUCAGCCGUCACACAGUUCUCUCGCUCCUCCUGCGCUGGCCUCGGCUCCGCUCAACAAGGCGCGUGAAUCCAGCGGCUCGUCAGAGUUCCUGUGCUCCGUGUGUCAUAAAGUGUUUCCUCUGCAGCGCAUGCUGACGCGUCACCUCAAGUGCCACAGUAUGAUCAAGAGACACCCCUGCAGGUUCUGCGGGAAGGGCUUCAACGACACCUUCGACCUGAAGAGACACAUGAGAACACACACCGGUAUCCGUCCGUACCGCUGUGAUCUGUGUGAGAAGGCCUUCACGCAGCGCUGCUCUCUGGAGUCUCACCUGAGGAAGAUCCACGGCGUGCGACAGCAGUACGCUUACCGCCAGCGGCGCUCCAAGAUCUUCGUGUGUGAGGACUGUGGCUUCACCUCCAACCGACCGGACGAGUACUUCCUCCACGUCAGACAGCAGCACCCGAGCAGCCCGGCCCUGCGCCGUUAUUACCGUAAACACAUGCUGGAGAGCCCCUCGCAGCACAGCAUCGCCCCCUUCAUGCUGUACCCCGCUGCAGGACUCUACAUGUGA